AUGGCUUCCCGGAUAUUUGGUGUCACUCCUCCAAUCUCAACAGAUAAUCCCUCACCCAAAGAGAUUACUCUAAAUGAUCAACUAAUCGCUGAAUUGAAAGCUCGUGGCUCUUUCGAGAGUGAACAAGCAACCAGGAAAAGAGUUGAGAUUCUCAAUCUUUUUCAGAAGUUAGUUCAGGAGUUCGUUCAUAAAGUUUCCAAAAGCAAAAAUAUGAGUGAAGGCAUGGCGAAGGAUGCUGGUGGGAAGAUUUUCACAUUCGGAUCUUACAGGCUCGGCGUCUAUGGUCCGGGAUCAGAUAUUGACACCUUGGUUGUUGUACCAAAACACGUGACAAGAGAGGACUUUUUUUCUGUUUUUGAAUCAAUCGUAAGGGAAAGACCAGAAUUAGAGGAAAUAACUUCAGUUCCAGAUGCUUUUGUCCCUAUUAUCAAAAUCGAGUUCGAUGGGAUCUCUAUCGAUUUAAUUUGUGCUACCUUGAAUGUGCCUCAGGUUCCCUUGAACAUGACUUUAGAUGAUAAGAACUUGCUCAGGAAUCUCGAUGAAAGGGACAUGAGAGCCUUAAAUGGAACUAGGGUGACUGAUGAGAUUCUUCAACUAGUACCAAAACCAACAGUUUUCAAGCAUGCUCUUCGUUGUAUAAAGAUGUGGGCACAAGCUAGAGCAGUUUAUGGAAAUGUAUUUGGAUUCCCAGGAGGUGUAGCCUGGGCAAUGAUGGUUGCAAGAAUUUGUCAACUCUACCCAAAUGCUGUCGGGGCAGUAAUAGUGGACAAAUUCUUCAAUAUAUACACGAAGUGGAACUGGCCUCAACCAGUGUUAUUAAAGCCUAUAGAAGAUGGACCACUUCAAGUGAAGGUCUGGAAUCCAAGAUUGUAUACAAACGAUAGAAAUCAUCGAAUGCCAAUAAUCACGCCAGCAUAUCCUUCCAUGUGUGCGACACAUAACAUAACGAGCUCUACUCAAAAGGUCAUACUUUCAGAAUUGGUAAAAGGUGUGGAUAUCGUUGGUGACAUCAAGUUAGGCAAGAGAACGUGGUCGGAUCUUUUCCAACGACAUGACUUUUUUUUUAGAUACAAGUUUUACUUAUGUAUUGUUGUUGGUACCAAAGCGAAUGAAGAAGAGCAUUCAAAAUGGAGCGGGUUUGUGGAAAGUAAGUUGAGGCUUUUGGUUCAAAAAUUAGAAGCAACUAGUGGUAUUGAGAUAGCGCACCCUUAUGUGAAAGACUUCAAUGACAGUUAUGAUAUCAAUGAUUUAGAACCAUUUGAAGUUGUGAACUCCUACGGAAUAUUAAGUGGCGCCAGCGUGUUAAAUAAAUUACAGAAGGUGGAGCCCAGAACUAUACAUGGGUCAGAGAAAGAGGGAGACACCCCCACAAAAACUUUACAUUUAAUGAAGUUAUUCAUCGGUCUUGAUGUAAGUUUGAAUAAAUCUAAUGACUCAACGAGCAAGCAGCCUAAGAAGCUUGAUAUUCAGUAUCCAUGUUCUGAAUUUUACAACAUCUGCAAAGGGUGGCUUGGAUUUCAAGAAGGAACCCACUUUAUACAGAUAAAGAACGUAAAACUUUAUGAACUACCUGAUGAUGUGUUUGAGGAAGGCGAAAAACGGCCCAUUAAACAGUCUAAAAAACGGAAAGCCGAUAGUAAGGGAGAUAUACAGAAAAGGUCAAAAAGUGCUGUUCCAAUUUAA